AGCAGCCCGAGCGAGCACCGUCGCUCAGCUGUAAGCGAGGAGCGCCGAUGGAGCUCCAGCUACGCUGAACACAAUAAACACUCAUUAUUAUUUUUUUAUUAAUAAUAAUUAACAAUACUAGUCACAAUCAUAAACGUGGAUGUUGGAUCCCCCUGGGAACCUGCGAGCUUCUUUUUGAGCGUGAUGAUGCUGAAGUGAGCUGCCGGUCUUGUGGAGCGCAGAGUCCAGCGACGGAGGCGGUAACCAUCUGGGAUGCUCUGGUUCGUCGAGAACUCCCAAGCAGAUUACCGAGUUCCCAGGUGCCGGCGCAGAAGUCAAAAUGCCACACUGACAACAGCUGGACAUCAAACCCAUCGAGAUAUCCGGUGUGCACUGCUCUUGUCAAGCAGGGUAAUUUCUCCAUUAGGCAGAAAGGGAUGCAAAGGGGAAGACCGUUGGAGAAACACUAAAAUUAGACCAUUCGACAAUGUUUUCAUCUAAGACAAAAAGCACAAACCAAUUCAAGAUGGUGAAUUCUUCACAAGUUCACCGUCUGCAAAUUUAAAUGAACGGGACUCCCUCCAUGACGAGGGGACGGCUGAACGGACUCCCUCUGGUCCUGAAAACAAGUUCGCGCCGGCCGAAUUAAAACAACAGCAACGCCGCCUUCUCUUUUUUUUUUUUUUUUUUCUUUUUUUUUUAAAUUUUGUUCCCAAGACAUGAUUCGCAGGGAGGCACCAAUGGCCAGCAGGUGGGGUAUGGUUAGCAGUGCCCUGCUUUGGUCUGCAGCCAUUGUUUAUUUGACCCAUGUGGGUCAAGUCGGCGGAGACUGCUGGUUAAUUGAGGGCGAAAAGGGCUUUGUGUGGCUGGCGAUCUGUAGCCAAAAUCAACCACCUUACGAGGCCAUCCCGCAGCACAUCAACAGCACCAUUGUGGACCUUCGUAUGAAUGAAAACAAGCUUAAAAGUAUUCAGUACUCUGCCCUCAGUCGCUUUGCCAACCUGACAUACCUGAACCUGACCAAGAAUGAAAUAUCCUACAUAGAGGACGGGGCCUUUUCCGCUCAAUUUAACUUACAAGUUCUUCAAAUGGGCUUCAACAAGUUACGCAACCUAACAGAGGGGAUCCUCAGGGGUCUUGGAAAGCUGCAGUACCUCUACCUCCAGGCAAACCUGAUUGAGACUGUGACACCCAAUGCCUUUUGGGAAUGCCCCAACAUCGAGAACAUUGACUUGUCCAUGAACCGAAUCCAGCAGUUGGACGGCUCCACGUUCACUAGUCUGACUAAGCUAACCACCUGCGAGCUGUACACAAAUCCUUUCAACUGCUCCUGUGAACUGCUUGGUUUUGUCAAGUGGCUCUCGAUUUUCCCCAACAGGACAAACGAGCGGAUGGUCUGCGACUCCCCGAGUGGCGUGUCUGGUUACAGUCUUCUGAGUCAGAACCCAAACAACCCCACGUAUCGAAAUGCUCUUCACAUGCUCACUACUGUGUGCACCGAUGACUACGUCACACCAUUUUUUCCAUUGCCAUUGGAGCCCACAACACCCCCACCAGACUUCACCCUUUGUGGCCUAGAGGAUUGUCCAUCAGGGACAGAGCCAGAGGACGUCAUUACCCACAACAUCAGUACAACCAUCAAUGAAGUGGAAGCAAACCCACUAAUGAAACUGAAGCAAGUGUCCAAUACAGGCGCCAGCAUCACGGUUCAGAUUCCUCAUCCUUACAAAAAGAUGUACAUCCUAGUUCUGUACAACAACAGCUUUUUUACACUUAUCCAAACCCUUAAAGAAAUCAAGGAGGACAUUGAGCUUAAGAACCUCAAACCUCACACAAACUACACAUAUUGCGUUGCUUCCCUUCGCAACUCCCUGAAGCGCAACCACACUUGUCUGACCAUCACCACCGGACCCUGGAAGGGGAAAUCGAAGGACACAAACAACGCAACUGCCACUCAUUACAUCAUGACCAUCUUGGGCUGCCUUUUCAGCAUGGUCAUCUUUCUUGGGGUGGUUUAUUACUGCUUGCGACGGAAGCGCCAGCAAGACGAAAAGCACAAAAAGGCAGGGAGCCUGAAGAAAAACAUAAUGGAACUGAAAUAUGGACAAGAACUGGAGGGUGGGACAAUUUCUCGCAUGUCCCAGAAACAGCUGCUGACUGGGGAGAGCAUGGCGCGUAUGCCCUACCUACCGCCUGCGAGUGAAAUGGAUCAGUACAAAUUUAAAGAAAUAAGCGAUACUCCUAAAAUGAUGAAGGGAAGUUACAUGGAGGUGCGAAGUCUGGACCACCAUGAACGCAGGGAGUGUGACAUGGGAAUAGCAGGGAACAGCCAGGGCUCCGUGGCUGAGAUUUCUACCAUUGCAAAGGAGGUUGAUAAAGUCAAUCAGAUCAUUAACAACUGUAUCGACGCUCUCAAGACAGACUCCACUUCUUAUCAAGGGGUAAGAUCUGGAGCAGUGUCCAAUGCAGAGCCCCAGCUGGUGCUCAUAUCGGAGCAGCCACAGAAUAAAUCAGGCCUCCUGUCCCCUCCGUACAAGGACAGUUACCACCAUUCCCUGCAGAGACAUCGGUCCUCUGACGUCUCGCCAAAAAGGCCCAGCACCGCCUCAGGAAUGCGAAGCCCCCGGCCUUACCGUACCGAAUCCAGAUACAUUGAGAAAACCUCCCCAACGGGGGACAGCAUCCUCACGGUGACGCCCGCCGCCGCCAUCCUGAGGGCCGAGGCCGAGAAGAUCCGUCAGUACGGCGACCACCGCCACUCCUAUCCCGACACUCAGAUCGAGGAGCUGGAGGGACCCGACGGCAUCAGGUCGCCCAUGCUGGAGCCUCUUUCGCACUCCCGCUCCAGAGACUUGGCUUAUUCCCAGCUGCCGGCUCAGUACCACAACCUGAGCUACUCUUCUAGUCCAGAGUACUACUGCAAACCUUCACACAACAUCUGGGAGCGGUUCAAACUCCACCGAAAGCGUCACAAAGAUGACGAAUACAUGGCGGCUGGCCACGCGCUCCGCAAGAAGGUGCAGUUUGCAAAAGAUGAGGACCUGCAUGAUAUUUUGGACUACUGGAAAGGCGUGUCAGCCCAGCAUAAAUCAUAA